AUGGAUUACCAUGCUCAAUCGGACAAUGUGUUUGAAUCGUUUUCGGGGACGAACCAGUCAACCGAGACAUGUCGUGAAUUACGUAUUCAAACGGAAGAUUUUUUAGUGAGCCACACAUACCAAACAGAAGACUGUCUUCGAAUACCACUAAAUCAGCUGAUUACCCUGCUGAUCUAUGCGGACACGUGUAGUCGAGCUAUGCGUCUGUGGAGACGCAUUCAGGUAAUCUAUCCUCGUCUACCGGUUCGAUUUGCCACUAACACGUCCCAAUGCAUGUUUGUACCGCACGUCAUGUUCACAAAUGUGCGGGACGAGGCGAGUACGUGGUAUCGACUGGCCAAUUCCAGUGAGACCAAAUAUGUGCUAGUUGGUCGCAAUCUGGUCGAUUUUACCAGGCAAACAGAUUUGGACCGAAUGCUCCGUGUGAUAAACAGCGAAUCGCAGGUCAAAGUGGUCGGUGGGGCUAUCAGAUUGGAACCCGAGGGAUUUUGGUAUUCCGGAUGCUAUCAACUCACACUGCUAAAUUAUUCCCUCCAUGUUCAACCGGGACACGAGUAUUCGAAGCAAUCUUGUGCCGUUUGUGACUACCUGACCUCUCCGUUUCUUAUUCGCCGUUCGGAUUUACUCAAGUUUAUGUCCGUAUCCGAUAUGGCCGGAGCAAUCCCGUUUGUGGACCUUUUUCUCACCAUCUCUUACCGAUUGCCUUUCUCGGAUGGAUACACUGUCCAAACGCGUAUUUUCGGCUGCAUGGAUGUCAUGUUUCAUGUGAAAGGCCAAAAUUCAAGACGUACUUGGGACCUUCCAGAGAUCCCGAGAAAGAAUUGGUUGAACAUUGCUCAGAAAUGGUCCAUCGACCGUAUAGUCCUUCCGGGAGGAGUGAAUCAUCAACUGAGUUGUGUUGAAUCUAGACUGAAUUGUUGGCGUUUGCGUAAAUUGGGAAUGGUCUUGCCUGCCUGCUGUCUAAAUGAUCUUCUCCGUUGUGUCAAAGGUUUUCUUCAACUGUCUGACGAGUAUAACGUCUCAACCGUGGUUAGCCAUUCAUCCGCCCUGGCUCCAAUCAAAUUUCAUAAUGGUUUCCUACUGAACGAUAAGGACGAUUUAAAGAUCAGUUGGGAUGUGACCAAAAANCCUAAUUGUCUGACGAACCCAACAAAGAUCAAUUUUCAUGGUAUAUGGGUUGUGACAGAUACAAAUCCAGGUCUGGUUUUACGCAAUCGGCUUGGAGAUGAUGCCCUGCGCAUAUGGCAGAAUCCGUCAAACGAAUUGAAUCUACCGGAUGCGAACUUAUUCAACGAGUUAAAAAAUCGAUGUGUUUCUCUGAUUCAACAAAUUGAUUGUUUCAAACUGUAUUAUCUGGACCAAGGGAAUUUACAAUUCCAGGACCAGUCGUGA